AUGGAGAUCAACUGUUUACACGACAAUCCGCGUGCCGCGAAACAGAUUGUUCAUGCACCCGCCAGUUCACUGAGAUUGAUGCAUGAAGUGAUAUUUGAUGUUGUUGCGCCGCGAAUGAAUCGUAAAUUUGUACGCACUUUUUCGGGUUUCGGUUUCACCAAAAACUCAGAAGAGUAUGAACAAUUACGAAGGAGAAUUUACGAGAAAUUCUCAGUGAAGAAGUUAACAACCGCGUGCAACAUGUUAGACAUUGACGACAGUGGAAAUAAAGACGAGAUGUGUGAUCGCGUGUGUGAAGUGCUCAGAGACUUGAACAACUUGAAGACGUACCAGCUACCCGAAGAUGACUCAAACGACGAGGAGGACGACGACGAUGAAGAAAACAAUGACGACGACGACGGGAAAGACGACAACGACGACGACGACGACGGGAAAGACGACAACGACGACGAUGAAGAUGCUGACGACGACGUGACUUUACAACAUUUAAGACAAAAAAUGCUUCGUUCUUGUGAUCGAAAAAAUUUGGAUAGCCGUGCCAAAAUUAAAGACGACGAUCAAUCAAGAAGAAGCCAAAGACGUAAGAAGAGCAGCACCAAAGUCUGCGAGGAGAAGAAGAAAUUGAGAAUACGAUACGAGGACGACGAUGAAUUCGAACCACGAGGAUCCACAUCGAAGUCAAAGUUUACUUUAUCCUUUCGAGACGUUGAGGAUAUGGUUAGACCGUUUACGGGCGAAGACGCGUAUGGUAUUGAGACAUGGACCGAAGAGUACGAAGAAAUUGCGGACAUGUUAAACCUCAAUGCUUUACAAAAGCUGAUUUUUGCAAAAAAAUGUUUGAAAGGCCCAGCUAAGAAGUUUGUCCAGAGUGAAAUUGGACUAAACAGUUGGCGGAAUUUAAAAGACGCAUUAAAAGAUGAAUUUGGCGACCAGUUAAGUGGUGCAGAUGUUCACAAGAAGAUGAUGAGCCGUAAAAUACUCCAAGGGAAUCAGUCCAAGAGUAUUUGA